UGAAAAGUUGUCCAUACGAUUCAACACAUGUAACUUGGCUAAACGCAUUUGACAUCGGUGUUCUGGGCAAAGUUUUUUCGUUGCCAAAGGUUGGUAGGUGCCUGAGAGCGUAACAUUUGAAUCAAGUUAAAAGUUUAGAACAACAUUGGCAGGUGUGGGGGUAAAAAGAACAGUCCAAAUGGAAGGACCUGCUAGGCCACAUCGUCUAUGCAGAACCACGGCACCUGUCUGACAAUUACUUGACAAUUAUUUGCACAUCGAGUGCAGAUGGCAGAAAAAGGGUCUCCUCCAUCCAGAGCGUAUAAAAGCAAAAAGUGUGCCGCUCGUCAAUUCAGUCUAGUCACAAUGCUCAGAGUUAAGGAUCUUCUGCUGUCGCACGACAUCUUCGACAAUAUUAUCUUUCAUCUGCAUCUGCGUUGCUUUCGCUUAUAUGGCUAUGUGUCGGCCAAGGAUCAGUGCAGACCCUGGCUGUCGCUGGCGCGCUGCAUCUUUUUCACGGCCUGCAUCUGGCUGACCUGUGUCCUGAUGCUGGCACGCGUCUUUCAAGGCUACGAGAGUCUCAUCGAUGGCGCCAUAACCUGCGCCACGACCGUCCAGUACCUUGCCGUGUCCAUUUCCACCCUAAACGCCAUCGUGCAGAGGAAACGAGUUAUCUCUUUGUUGCGUGAGAUUAAUGUGGAUAUGCAACAGCUGAUGAUCUCGGCGGAUAUUGGUGAAUGGGAUUUGUUAUUGUCUACCCAGAAAUACACUCGAAAAAUCACUUUAAUUCUGUGGGUUCCAUCGAUGGUGGCGGGGCUUCUGGCCUGGACGGACUGCAUCUAUCGGACACUCUUCAUGCCGGAGACAGUUUUUAACAUGCCCGCCGUGAGAGCUGGGAAGGAGCAGCCCAUACUUCUUUUUAAGCUGUAUCCCUUUGGCGAGCUCUGCGACAACUUUGUGAUCGGCUAUCUGAGCCCCUGGUAUGCCCUAUGUUUGGGUAUCACAACUAUUCCACUGUGGCAUACCUUCAUCACGUGCCUCAUGAAGUACAUGCAUCUCAAGCUGAUUAUACUCAAAAAGAAGGCAGCGGAAAUGAAUAUCACGCGCCUCAAUGCAUUCUUAGACCCGGAUCGCCUGACACCCGCUCAGCUGAACCGCUGGCAAAUAGAACUAAUCAAAACGUUUGUCAAGGAUCAUCUGAAGAUCCGUAGAUUUGUGCACGAGCUGGAGCAGCUCAUUCGCGUGCCUGUCAUGGCCGACUUCAUCAUUUUCUCCGUUCUCAUAUGCUUUCUAUUUUUUGCCUUGAGUGUGGGUUCUCCUAGCAAAAUCGACAACAUUUUCAUGUUCAUUUAUAUAUUUGUCAUGGCUUCAAUUUUGUGGAUAUAUCAUUGGCAUGCUACGCUUAUUUCUGAAUGCCACGAGGAAUUGUCCUUUGCCUAUUACUCAGCACCCUGGCAUGCAUACGAUCAAACUAUGAAACGAACAAUUCUCCUUAUGAUUGUACACGCCCAGAGGCCAAUGAAAAUGCGAGCCGUGAUGGUCCAACUGAGUGUUGAGACCUUCAUAGACAUUGUACGUGGAGCCUACACCUAUUUUAAUAUUCUGAGCCAGCUUUAUUAGACCAAAUGCGAUUCUCACGGACCUGGACAUUCUGGACACAC